AUGGAGCGACGCGAAAGUGAGAGGAGACCAAGUUACAGUUACGUCGAGGAACACUAAUAACGUUGAAGGAAGAACAGAAUCUCCUCAAGAUUCUCUUGAAUUGCACAAGACUCACCUAUGAAUAAAUUCAUCCGCGUCGUUCUUUGCACGACGUGCGUUUCAAAGUGCAUCUUACUUUCAAAUUGGACGCGUCCGUAACCGGUGCUUUUAUCGGCAAUUUCGCGAACGAAGCGGUUCCAAAAUCGCGCUAAGCAUCCGUGCAGAAGAUUCGCGAAGCAUCGACGAAAGGAUAAUCUAAUUUUGGCGAAAGCCGCGUGCUUUUCGAUUCGUUGCUCGCGCACGGGGUCUUGAACGAGCGCGCCUGUGUGGGUGUACUCGUUCUUCGUGUUUUUUGUUUAUUAUGCUAGCGUGCUUGCCUCUGGCUUAUAUUGUACCGGUGGUGUAAAUGCGCGGGCUGUGCCGCUCUCGAAACCGCGAUCGCCGAUACACAAAUCCGUCCUCCGCACGCGUGAGCGUUUUCCGUUCCUACGCGUUUCCGGCAAAGUCGAUCGGAAUCCGCGGAUCGGCGCAACCACGGGCCGGAUUUUCUCUCGUGAAUCUCUCGGUCCGCUGCGUGUGUGAAAGUGCAAAUAUUUUACGUUAACACGUUACGCAUGGUGUAACCCGUUGACGAGUGGAGUGGAGAGCUCGGAAUUACGUCGCGUAAGGGCGACGUCGGGGUGAUUGCGAUCGCGCGCGCAAUUCGCCUUUGAUCGCAAACCGGAAUUCGCGGCGCCGUUAUAUGAAUUUGCGGGGUAUUUGUCACGCGAGAGAGCAUACACAAGUACUCCUUUAGUGGCUCCUUUUUUUUCCUUCCGCAAAUCGCAACUUUAAACGCCGGCCUGGGCGCGCAAGUCUGACCGUUUUAAUUCUCCCCUAACAACGUUCAUAAAUCUAUAAGUGGAAUUCUGGUAUCCGCGGCUCGCACAAUUAACGUGAAAGCACUGAGAGCUAACUUUUCGGCUGCAGCAAUUAUUUAAUGACGUAAUCGCAUUACGCGGGGAAGAGGGAGAGAGGGAGGGAGAGAGAGAAAGGGAGCAGGAGAAGAGUGAAAUGUGAAACAAUUAAACAAUUGCGAGAUGAGUUGAUCGAUAUUAUGUAAAUGUGUGCGCGAAAUUUAACGUGAAUAUACGGCAAUUUUUUACCAUGAGAUUCGGCGAAUUAAUUUAAAAUCAAAAUUCCAUGCAAAGAAAUUCGAGACGUUGCGCAACAAACACGCUUGCAAAUCGAAACCAUAUACUUUUUCUCUAAAACGCGUCGGUUAAUAAUUAGCCGGCGCUUUUUAAUUAUAUACCUAUACAUAAUAUGCAUACGUUUCGCGCGCACCGUUCCGCGUAACAUUUAAUUAAACGUCGUUACUCUGACAAGCGUGUUGUUUAUCGCGAUAUAUUGACGUCUAUACAUUUUGCAGAGCGGGAUUUUGAGCUUUCGCUUGUUCGAGUAUCUCGAGAGAAGAACUUUCCGAGCAACAUAUCUCGCAUCCGGGGAACCGAGUUAAAAACAAGCAAGGAGACGUUUAAUCGAGGGGAAAAAAAGAAAAUUUGUCAAAACGGCAAAGGCCAUCUUAUGACUCGGCGGCAGACUGUGCUACGUAUUGCCAAACUGGAUCACUUUUGUGACAAAGUGUUCUUUAAAUCGGCAGCGGAAGGAACUUUAUGUCACUGUCAGUGCCAUGCCGCUUAGAUCGCAAGCCUCGUCGAGGGACACCCUUAAUACCAUCGCGCAACCGGAGGAGCGGCGUCGCACCGGAAGGUACGUUGCGGGUGGAACGGCUCUCGCAGUUACCCUGGUCGGGCUCCAUCAUUUGUUGCUACGGGGUGCGUCCACCAUAGCCGGGGUGUGCAUACCCGCCAUCAUAAUGGCCUCCUAUAUUAUCUGGGUACUCUACUCGGCUCGCAGGGACAGGCGGAAGGCGUUGAGGCUCGCCACGGCGUUGCAGCUGACUGAGGUUAUCAGCGUCCCUUCCAGGUCAAGAUCCGACGAGAUCUGCAAGGACACUGUCGAGGAUACGAGGCAUGACCAGUUUGGCAAGAAGCCGAAGAAUCUCGACAAAUCACAGGGCAUUCGUGAAAAUCCCGCGUUCUCUAACAAGGAUGAAGUAUGAGAGCUGGAUAUUUGCAAUAUUGUGCCUUGAAUGUCAAUUUUGUCAGUGCUCAAAGACGUCAUAACUCAUCGUUGACUUAAUUGUCGUUUAAGAAUUCUCUCAAGAAGAAAACAGAUUUUUAUAACACAUCCUACGCGUGACAUGUACUCUUUAAAUUCGUUAUCGGAUCAUUAUUCCUGUAAAUGAUGGUAUUAUUCUGUAAUCUCCGUUUUUUUUGUUUGUACUUAUAGGCUAUAAGACAUAAUCACAAAAAAUUUAUUUUUUAAGUCCUAAAUAUGUAGUAUAUAUAUUUAAUAUAUCUUUGAUGCAUCAAG